GCAGAGAAUGCUUUCCCCUGCCAGGACCUGAUGCAAUCCAUUCAAGCCAACAAGUUUGGAGAGAAUGUUGAGUUCAAUCAAUUCAGAACGUCGAGAUGGAGCCCAACUCACUCCAGUGGGUCGGCUCACCGUGUGGCUUGCACGGACCUUACAUUUUCUACAAGGCUUUUCAAUUCCACCUUGAAGGCAAACCAAGAAUCUUGUCCCUUGGCGACUUUUUCUUUGUAAGAUGUACGCCAAAGGAUCCGAUUUGCAUAGCGGAGCUCCAGCUGUUGUGGGAAGAAAGGACCAGCCGGCAACUUCUAUCCAGCUCCAAACUUUAUUUCCUCCCCGAAGACACUCCCCAGGGCAGAAAUAGCGACCAUGGCGAGGAUGAAGUCAUCGCCGUCUCUGAGAAGGUGAUAGUGAAGCUUGAAGACCUGGUCAAAUGGGCGCAUUCUGAUUUCUCCAAGUGGAGGUGGAGGCUGCGAACAGGACCGGCGAAAACCGAGGCCUUAGGAAGGAAUGCACAGAGGGAGGCUCUGCUCAGGUACAGGCAGUCGACCCUCAACAGCGGACUCAACUUCAAAGAUGUGCUCAAGGAAAAGGCCGAUCUGGGGGAGGACGAGGAAGAAACCAACGUGAUUGUGCUCAGCUACCCUCAGUACUGCAGGUACCGCUCGAUGCUUAAACGGAUCCAGGAUAAGCCAUCUUCCAUCCUCACAGACCAGUUUGCAUUAGCACUGGGGGGCAUCGCAGUGGUCAGCAGAAACCCCCAGAUCCUGUACUGUCGGGACACCUUUGAUCACCCCACUCUCAUAGAAAAUGAGAGUAUAUGCGAUGAGUUUGCGCCAAAUCUUAAAGGCAGACCGCGCAAAAAGAAACUGUGCCCACAGAGAAGAGAAUCCUUCAGUGGGGCCAAGGAUUCCAACAACAAUUGUGAUGGUAAAGCCGUCGCCAAGGUAAAAUGUGAGGCCAGGUCAGCCUUGACCAAGCCGAAGAAUAACCACAAUAACUGUAAAAAAAUCUCAAAUGAAGAAAAGCCAAAGCUGUCCAUUGGUGAAGAAUGCAGGGCAGAUGAACAGGCCUUCCUGGUGGCACUUUAUAAAUACAUGAAAGAGAGGAAAACGCCCAUAGAGCGAAUUCCCUAUUUAGGUUUCAAACAGAUUAACCUUUGGACUAUGUUUCAAGCUGCUCAAAAACUGGGAGGAUAUGAAACAAUAACAGCCCGCCGUCAAUGGAAACAUAUUUAUGAUGAAUUAGGAGGGAACCCUGGGAGCACAAGUGCGGCCACCUGUACGCGCAGACACUACGAAAGAUUAAUCCUACCAUAUGAAAGGUUUAUUAAGGGAGAAGAGGAUAAGCCUUUGCCUCCAGUCAAACCUAGGAAACAGGAGAACAGUUCACAGGAAAAUGAGAAUAAAAUAAAAGUAUCUGGAACCAAACGCAUCAAACAUGAAAUGCCCAAGAGCAAGAAAGAAAAAGAGAACGCCCCGAAGCCCCAGGAUGUAUCUGAGGUUCCAUCAGAGCAAGAGAAGGAACAGGAGACUUUAAACCAGAAAAGCGUCCCAGAACCUCUCCCAGCUGCAGAAGUGAAAGAAAAAUCAGAGGCGUUCAAGGGCCUUGCCGUGAAGCCCCCGGAGUCCAGAGCAGAUCCAGAGAGGGACCCCGAAACCGAACAGGGUUCCAACGGUGAGAAGGGGGUGGAGGAGGCGGCAGAGGGGGGCCCAGCCCCUCUGCUUCCAAGCCCACCCCUGGCCCCGGAAAGAGCUCCAGCUCCCACCCCUGGGGCUGGCAAACAGCCUCUCGCCUCCCCCACUGCCCUGGUGGACACAAAACAGGAAGCCAAACCCUGCUGUUUCACAGAGAGCCCUGAAAAUGAACUUCAAGAGGCAUCCUUCCCUAGCUACCCUGCUACCCAGCCGCCACUGACAAGCCAGAACGAGCCGGAGGACGACAAGCUUCCUGCCAUGGCUGACUACAUUGCCAACUGCACUGUGAAAGUAGACCAGCUGGGCAGUGAGGACAUCCACACUGCCCUCAAGCAGACCCCAAAGGUUCUCGUGGUACAGUCCUUUGACAUGUUCAAAGACAAAGACUUGACCGGGCCCAUGAACGAGAGCCAAGGACUUAAUUACACACCCCUGCUCUACUCCCGGGGCCAUCCUGGUAUCAUGUCCCCACUAGCCAAGAAAAAGCUUUUGUCCCAAGUGAGUGGGGCCAGCCUCUCUAGCAGCUACCCUUAUGGCUCCCCGCCCCCUCUGAUCAGCAAAAAGAAACUGAUUGCCAGGGACGACCUGUGCUCGGGUUUGUCCCAGGCCCAUCACAGCCAAAGCGCUGACCACAUGGCGGUCAACCGUCCAUCCGUAAUCCAGCACGUCCAGAGCCUCAAGAGCAAGCCCUCGGAGGAAAGAAAGAGCAUCAAUGACAUCUUCAAACACGACAAACUAAGUCGGUCUGAUGGGCACCGAUGCAGCUUUUCCAAGCACCACCUCAGCUCCCUGGCAGACUCUUACAUCCUGAAGCAAGAGACACAGGAGGGCAGGGAUAAACUGUUAGAAAAAAGGGCAGUCCCCCACGCCCACGUGCCCUCCUUCCUGUCCGACUUCUAUUCAUCCCCGCAUCUCCACAGCCUCUACCGACACACAGAACACCAUCUUCAUAACGAGCAGACACCCAAGUACUCCUCCAGGGACAUGUACCGGGAAUCGGAAAACAGCGCUUUUCCUUCCCACAAACACCCAGAAAAGAUCCACGUCAAUUAUCUCGCAUCUCUGCAUCUGCAAGACAAGAAUUUGGCCUCAGCAGAAGCCCCUACAGAUGAGCAGCCAACAGACCUGAGCCUUCCCAAGAAUCCCCACAAACCAACCAGCAAGGUCCUGGGCCUGGCCCACUCGGCCUCAGGGCCUCAGGAGAGCAAAGGCACCUCCCAGUUCCAGGUCAUCAGCAGCCAGAGUCGAGACUGCCAUCCCAAAGCCUGCCGGGUGUCACCCAUGACCAUGUCGGCCCCUAAAAAAUACCCCGAGUCACUUGCCAGGUCAGGAAAGCCUCACCACGUGAGACUGGAGAACUUCAGAAAGAUGGAAGGUAUGGUCCAUCCCAUCCUGCACCGGAAGAUGAGCCCCCAGAACAUUGGAGCUGCACGUCCCAUAAAGCGCAGCCUGGAGGAUUUGGAUCUUGUGAUUGCUGGGAAAAAGGCCCGGGCCGUGUCUCCCCUGGACCCAGCCAAGGAGGCCUCGGGGAAGGACAAGACCUGUGAGCAGGAGGGCCACAGUGGCAAGGCAGCUUACAGCGGGCAUUCUGGGAGCACGUCGGAAGGCCACAAGCUCCCCCUCUCCUCCCCUAUCUUCCCAGGUUUGUAUUCUGGGAGCCUGUGUAACUCGGGCCUCAACUCCAGGCUCCCAGCUGGGUACUCCCACUCUCUGCAGUACUUGAAAAACCAGACGGUGCUUUCUCCUCUGAUGCAGCCCCUGGCUUUCCACUCGCUUGUGAUGCAAAGAGGAAUUUUUACAUCGCAGACAAGUUCUCAGCAGCUGUAUAGACACUUGGCCGCAGCCACCCCUGUAGGGAGCUCCUACGGGGACCUUUUGCACAAUAGCAUUUACCCUUUAGCUGCUAUCAAUCCUCAGGCUGCCUUCCCAUCUUCCCAGCUGUCCUCUGUACACCCCAGCACAAAACUGUAAUCCCUGCUCUGCCCAGCGUCCCCCAUGGCGAGGUCCAAGCGCCAAACGUGGAGGGCUGACUUGCAGAGUUAGAAGCCUGUAUUCCUUCUAAUCUGGGGGUACAGUUCAUCCUAGCCAUAGAGGCCGAAAGGCAAGGUGAACAUGCCUAGUUCUGGGGGGACAACUCUAGCCUGGUUGGCCAGCAUUGACUUCCCUCCCAGCGUGGAUGGCCUAGAGCUUAGCUGCUGGUCAUUCCCUUUGGGUGUCAGUCUUGUGAAGGGACCUAUGUCUAUCUGGGAAGAACUAGAAGACCCCAUCUGAGUUCAGAUGGUCAGGAAGCAAUCUGGGCAAAACAGAGGCAGGCUUUUCAAAGGAAAGGGCAAGAAAGACUGGCAAACACAGCCAAGGGACGCCCCUCUUUGUCAUAAAACUCUCCAAGUUCAAUCAAUGCAAUGUAUAGUGAAACUUCAAGAGAUCUUGCAUUUUGACACUAUUAAACAAUCAGAGAAGCAAACACUGUUGAAUUGUAUAUAUUUGUUCUUAAAAGCUACCCGUAUCACUGUUCGCUCACCUAAUUUAUGUACAGGUAGUUGUGUUCGCCUGGUUUCUCCUGUCCCCUGUUGUGUUUUCCUAAUUAAACGGUACCCUCCUGUUUGCAGGUCCUUGGCCUUGGUUUUGGUUUUGGUUUUUUGGUUUUGCUCUGUUUUGUUUCAAGGCUGACUGACUGUCCUAGUUGAUGUUUGUUUUGUCAAUUUUUUUUUUCCACAUCUUAUUUUGAGCAGCUUUGGGUGGUCAAGUUAUAUUGUUUACAAAUUGAGGCAUCUGCUAGUGGAACAGACAGAAGACCCCAAGAACACAACCCAGUGCAAAGGACGUUCCUUCACAGACUUUGUUCCUCACCAAGUGGCAGAGCUGAAGGAGCUUAAGGCAUCGCUUCCCCUGCCAAAUGCUUUGCUCUGAAGUAUUGCAUUAUGUGAAAAUAUUGAGCAUUGUACUCACUUUAUCUAGGCUGUGAAACCGUCCUACCUACCAGAGAAAUCAUAAAACAAAACCCUCGCUGGCAGCAAGCUGCUAAAUAAGUCUAGAGGACAUACUUGUGGCUGUGCAGAUGUUUUAGGAAUUUCAGAAAUUAGAGCAGGACCCCAGGUGACCUACACUGAUGUUGGCACUACACCUUUUACAUAGUCUGAGAAGAAGGACUGGGGAAAGGAGCUACCAAAGGCCUGACCACCAGACAUUGUAGCCAGACCUUGGCCUGUUGAGUGGUAGGCAGUUACUGUCUUUGUCAGUUGGUUUCUUGAGUUUUUUAACAAGAUUCUCCCAGCUUACAUCUUGGGGAGUCAUUGGAUUACCUGUUUCAAAAGAAAGUCAUCCUCUUUGGUUUUCUGGGGCGUGAAUUUUAUGAGCACACCCACACAUAAGGUGACGGAUCGAGUUUUUCACCACGUGGCGAUACUAUCUGCUUUUGGGUUUCUUUUAUGGUUGGAAUGGAUGGUCAGGCUGUGGGGUGACCACAAGAUGUUGAGAACACCGACUGUCACUCUUGACACUUUAUUCCAUCUGCUCCAGAAAUGCAACAUCAAGGUGGACACACCUGCUGCAUGUACCAAGUUGAUCUAGAGAGCAGAUUUUCUUUCCCAUCUCCACCCAACUUUGCUGAAGGCUGCUUCUAAAAAGUCCCCAGCCCACUGCCCCUUUCUCCCCCAACACUACCGGUAGACUCUAGGACCAUAGUUAACAAAGUCUUUUUACCUCUGAUAUAUUUAAAUCUAUAAAACUUGAUGACACUUUUCAACAUCUCUAACUAGGUAAUUCAACUGCAAAAAUAAUCAAAGCCAGUGACCAUGAAACUGAGGCUCUCAUGCAAAGCCAUGCAUGCCGUUCGUUUAUAUUGAAAUGUCGUCAUGAUACAAAGCCAAAUAGUCCAUGUAACAUACUUUUGAUCCAAAGGUGGAAACAAAAGAAUGUAGAGAUCCAGUGUUAAGAGUUCCAUUUGCUUCAAUGAAUUAUUUACCUUCCUGUGGAAUGAUAUAUUAUAUAUUUAAUAAACCAUAGAUAGACUAGUAGAAUUUAGAUCAUAAAUGUGUGCGUGCAGAUUACCCGGCUGUUGCACAAGAGUAAGGGCGGGGGGGAUCUCAAUUCCAGCUAGCGUGAUGCUGGCUGGGAUCCAAUAUGAGAAAGUUGCACUAGAUUGAGUGGUCACAGAAUCUGAAGACUUGGAGAAAAGGAGCCUAAUGGUUCUGUAGAGGGCCUGGGCUGAAUCCAUUUGUGGUCUCUGUGAGUUUGUUUCUCAAAGGAAAACAUGGGAGCCGUGCAUCCCCUCGGGAGCUCACCUAUUGGAUGUGAGAUGGGGUGGUUGCUGUCCCCACUGCAGUGACUUUAGAGGCUUUUGUCGUGUUGGAAUUCGAUCACACCAUUUUCAGACAAUGUUAACAGAGUCCAGUUAUUGUUUUUCUCAUCUCUUCUGAGAGAUUUGCUGUUUCUGUUGGAGGAAGCUCGUACACGCUCAGCAAAACCCCAGGGCAAAUACAGAGGCAUUGAAAGUAGAUGUUCCCAACAGAAGCGGUAUGCUAUUUGUCUAAAAACUCCACGCGGAGAUCAUCUUGGAAAUCUUUCAAAGUGACCACUGAAUUCUUCAUUGGCUGAGAAGGACAUUUUUUAAAAGUCUUAAAUUGGGCUUUGUUUGCAUUGUUUGAGUUCAAGGGGCCUUAUUAUUGAAUGGCAUUGCACAAGUGUUUCUUUGUGCAAUCAGACCAUUGUUAUUGGUAGUUCUGUAAAGGAAACUGUGGAAUCUAAUUGGCACUGGAGUCAUAAAUCUAUUUACCAAGUGUGGUUUCCAAGAAAUGUUGCAAUUCAAAACCCACUAGGUCCAGGAUUUAUUGGAGAUUUGGAGAGUCUAAAUAAUUUUUUAAAAAUAAAUAAACCUUUCCUUGUAACUUCUGGUCUAACCUUUGGCGAGUCCACUUAAAAAUAAGAUCAAAUUUAAAUUAAAAUAACAUGACAGCCCAACCAAGUUUUAGACUUAAAGUAGUCUCCUGGUAAGUGAUUGGAACCUGUAAUAUUUGCCACAGGACUGACUGACCUAUUUACUUCCUAGCUAGAAGUUCCUAAUUUCACUUUUUUAUCAGGGCAUAUACAGAAGGUUUGUUAAAACUCAGUGUUGACUUUACAGCUUUCUGACCUGGUGCAUGAAUUCUCAAGUACUGUAUCUCACUGUGUUGGUGUGUCUGAUGGAAAUUUCGAAGUGGUCCCACAAAUAUAUUUUAUGUAGUGUGCCUUCAAAGAGAACCAUUUAUUUCUCUUUACUUCUUGUCCCACUAAGUCACAGUUGGUGGUGGUCAGCCAAGUCCCAUCUGGUUUAGUUUGACUCUUGUCCCAAGUUGAGAGCAAUGGGAAGAACUUCGCCCUGGUGAGACCCACAGCACUGGAGCGAUGGCCUUGAGCCACUCGACUCCAGUGUUGGCUGUUGAUGUAUUUGAUAUUCUGCGUGUCUCCCCAUGGUUGAAAUAUGUCUGAAGAAUAGCAACAUAAUCUCUUGGCUGUUUAUACUUUUUUAAACUUUCCUGUGUUGUAAAUAUUGUAUACUUUUGGUGACUCCAGCUAUGUAACCUCUAUGCUCUGUAAGGUGAUUAUUUGUAUAUAGAAACCUGGCCCAGUGAUGUUACAUAGUUUCCAAAUGGCGAGGUUAUUGAGUAACCUUUGCGUUAGUUUAAACACUACCAGAAGAAUGCUGAGCCAACUAUAAACACUCAAUUUUGUAUGUUUUCCAAAUUGUACUUAUUACUGCUUUUGAUACUGUAUUACGUGCCAAUAGUUGCCCAAUCACAUAGCAGGCCAGAGAUAUUUUGUACUUUUUGAUCCACUGUAAUAUUUAAUAAAAAAUGUUACUAUCUGUU